UGAUUUAAAAACCCCACAGGUACUGCUGUCGUCCCGUUGAGGUAACAGAGGCGGUAUGUCAGAAAGAAAUACUAGUUAUUUGUAGUUAAGACAGACAGCUGACUUAGAAUAAGUAAGACUCUGUUUUAUAGAAAGAAGAUGGAGUUUGAGACGACGGAGACUGUACGCUCGACACCAAGCCGCCAUGAGAAAAGUUUGGGGCUCCUCACGAUGAAGUUUGUCAGUUUGCUACAAGAAGCGAAGGAUGGCGUCCUUGAUUUGAAAGUGGCUGCAGACAGCUUGGCAGUGAAGCAGAAGAGGAGGAUAUACGACAUCACCAACGUACUGGAAGGAGUGGGGUUGAUCGAGAAGAAAAACAAGAACAUAAUCCAGUGGAGGGGGGAGAACUCAGGCAGCCAAACUCAGGAGGUGCUGGACCAGGUGAAGGGUUUGAAAGCCCAAAUCUCUGAGCUGGAGGCCCAAGAGAAAGAGCUGGACAACCAGAAGGCAUGGCUAGAGGAGAUCAUCAAACACCUUAACCAUGACCCCAUCACUAGCACUUAUAAAUUUGUCACACAUGAAGACAUCUGCAGUGCCUUCAACGGAGACACUGUUCUUGCUGUCGUGGCUCCUGCUGGUACCCAGCUUGAGGGCCAGACUGGUCAGAAGAAGUACCAGGUGAAUCUACACAGCCACUCGGCUCCCAUCCAGGUCCUGCUCAUCAACAGGGAUCCACACUCCACAAUACCUGUGGUCUUCUCUUUGCCACCCACUGAUGACAUCUGUCCAAUGCCAACUCCACCCAGCACCCCCGCCAGCCUACAGAGGUUCCCUCUCUCAACGUCCGUGUACUCCACCUCCAACAGCACCUGCUCGUACUGUAGCCAGGACUCUCUGUGCUCAGACCACCAGAUGGUGCUGCCAGAGCAUGAUGAAGUGCUGACACCAUCAUCCACCCCUCCUGAUGUGCAGAUGGAGUGUCACAGUCAGUCCACAGCAGUGUUGGAGCAGCAGCAGAUGGACCUAGGGGGCCCAGAGUUCCAGUCUGUACUGGACGUGAGCGGCCUGCUGAAGCUCAACGCUGCUGGAGACCACAUGAAGGACGACAGAGAGGAAGCUGUCGACCUGAUUGAUGAGCUGAUGUCCACAGAUGGAAUAGACUACAGCUUCAACCUGGACGACAAUGAGGGAGUGUGUGACCUGUUUGAUGUGCAAAUCCUCAACUACUGAUGACUGACAGCACCUCUGCAGUACUCAGGAGGCACUUUUGCCUCUCUGUAAGGAUGCUUUAAAGAUGCCUUUUCCCAUUUUUGUUAUAAUUGCACAGUGAUACUAUACUAUACUAUUGUUAUUUAAAGAAAAAAAACCUUUACACACAUUCAGGCUGCCAGACAGCUUCACUUUACCACACUGGCCUUAUGCUUUCAGCCAACACAAAACAAAGUAAACUAAUUCACCAUGAGAUAUUUAUGUAAUUUUCUGGGUGAAUAUCUACGGCGUAGCAGAGAAAUGAGAAGCCAGGAGAAAUCCUUCAGCCUCCGACUGCACUUUUGCAUGUCUGUAUCUUUGUAAUGUUCCACAUCCUGUGGAUAUCUGGGACUUGACAACUGCUCUAUUCGCCGCGUAUGAACGGUUGGGACUGUGACAGUGUUUGCCUUCACAGGAACUGGUAAUAACACAGUAUUGGCUCCUUUCUAAUAUUACAUACAGGGUUGAUGGUCUCGUUCAGGGUAUGUGAGUAACUUUCUGUUCAUGGAAAGUGAUUGUAUAAAAACCUACCCAGUGCUAUAGUUAUAUUUGAUAAAUGGCAUAUUGUAUUUAAUGAGUGAAUGUUUCGGUUAUGUUUCUUGACUUUGUUCUCAUGUAAAAAUGCCAGAAAGAUUUCAUUUCUAAAUUAUUGUGUCACUGCCAUUUUAGGCCUCUAAUUUUUUUAAUGUUUUGCAUGAAGAGUUAUAUAUUUGAAUAACUAAUCUCUCUUUUCUCUCUCUCUUUUUUUCCUUUUUUUUAAUUUAAGAAAAAAUAUUCUUGGUUCUAGUUUGUUGAAACUGAAGCUGGUUGAGUGCCUUAAUUGUAAUUUAAGAAGUGAAUUAGCCAUAUUUGUGAUUAAAAUAUGAGAUGUUAAGAGCCAUAAGUGGCCUUUUUGUAUAUUUAUAGUUUACUUUCACGGCAAGAAGUCAUGUUUUUGUUACAUUUUGUUGUUUAUUUGCACAUUUUUUAAAGUUUUUUCAAUAA